CUCUCUCUCUCUCUCUUUCUUGGCGUUCUCUUUCUCUCCUGGCUUCCUCUUCAGUCCUCUUGAUCACUCUCAGCAUUCUCCUCCUUCCUCACUUCUUCUCCAGCCACCGCACAGUUGAGCUCGUCGGAGGAGGCCGGGAGGAGGACGGAAACCGCUGCGAAAGGAGAUUCAAUCGCCGUGAGCGCAGAAGACGCAAUCUAUGUUCUGAACUAAGCGCAAAAGGAGAUCAUGGCGAGAAGGAGAAGAGGCAGCGAUCGUCUUUAAAUCGGAAAAAUCCGACUGGAUUUGCAGAAGAAAGAAUGAAGAACAUUGAAAAUUGCUUGGAUUCCCAAUUAUGGCAUGCUUGCGCUGGAGGUAUGGUGCAGAUGCCGCUGGUAAAUUCUUUAGUCUAUUACUCACCUCAAGGUCAUUCUGAGCAUGCAAAAAGCUCUGUGGAAUUUGAUAAUUCUAUGCAAAUUCCCCCUAUGAUUCUUUGCCGUGUAAAAUCUGUAAAAUACAAGGCUGAUUCUGUCACUGAUGAGGUAUUCACUGAGAUAAAAUUGGUUCCUUUAAAGCCUCAUGAGUUGGAUUAUGAUGAAGAUGAAGGAAUUUCAUUAGGGAUCAACCGGUCAGAGAUACAGGAAAAACCUCUAUAUUUUGUAAAGACAUUAACCCAAUCUGAUGCUAAUAAUGGUGGUGGUUUCUCUGUUCCAAGAUAUUGUGCUGAGACUAUAUUCCCAAGAUUGGAUUACUCGGCCACUCCACCUGUUCAAAUUGUUCUAGUAAAGGAUUUACAUGGAAAGAUUUGGAAAUUUAGGCAUAUUUAUAGAGGGACACCUCGGAGACAUUUGCUCACAACUGGUUGGAGCAAUUUUGUGGGUGCGAAGAAGCUUGUGGCUGGUGAUUCAGUUGUGUUCUUGAGAACUGAUAAUGGUGAUCUUUGUGUGGGGAUUAGACGAGCAAAAGUUGGUCAUGAUUUAUCUGAAGGAUGGAAUCAUAAAAAUUGUACCUUUGGGGGAUUUGGUGUUUACAUGAUGGAUGGAGAUAAAAGGUUACUUAGGGACAAUGAUAACAUAAGUGGUAUCAAUUCUGAUCCAAACAGUAAGGGAAAGGGGAAAUUGAAGGUAGAUUCUGUUAUGGAUGCAGCAACUCUUGCAGCUAGUGGGCUUCCUUUCGAGGUUGUUUACUAUCCGAGGGCUGCUGCACCGGAGUUCGUCGUAAAAGCAUCAGUAGUGAGAGCUGCCAUGAGAGUCCAAUGGUGUUCAGGAAUGAGGUUUAAGAUGGCUUUUGAAACUGAGGACUCCUCAAGAAUAAGUUGGUUCAUGGGGACAAUAUCAUCAGUUCAGGUUGCUGAUCCUAUAAGAUGGCCUGGGUCUCCUUGGAGAUUACUAGAGGUGACAUGGGAUGAGCCUGAUCUUUUGCAGAAUGUAAAACGUGUGAACCCUUGGUUGGUGGAACUUGUAUCAACCAUGUCUGCCAUCCAUUUAGAACCAUUCUCACCUCCACGAAAAAAGCAUCGGAUCGCCCAGCAUCUGGAUUCCCCAUUCGAUCUUCAAAUUUCAAGCCAAUCGUUUGUCGGAAGCCCUCUCAUUCCCAGUCUCCUAGAUGGCACUACCCCUGCAGCUAGCAUACAGGGAGCCAGGCAUAUUCAACAUGGCACAUCUCUACCAGAACUCCACUUCAGAAAGUUGCAGCCUGGGCUGUUCUAUUCUGGAAUUCAUUGCUUCGCACGGCCUCCCAUAAUCCCCACAGGCCUCAUUCCUCCUAAAUCUCCUAUCUAUGAAGAUGACUCUAACUUGUUAAAAAUUGGUUGUCCUCCUCAAAGUGUGGGGAAUGAAUGUAACAAAGAAUCCAAAGCAAACAAACCUCACAUCAUACUCUUUGGAAAACAGAUCUUCACUGAACCACAGCUCUCUCUCAGCUUAAACAGCUCAUUGGAUAUGAACUCAGAUAGAUCUGAUUCAGGCAUUCGUCGAAACGGCAAGGGGGAUGGUUCACCUUCUGAUGAUAGACUUCCAUGGCAUUGGGAUUUAAAAGCAAAUGAUAUUAGUCCAGAGAUUGUUCAGUGCAAGGUGUUCAUGGAGUCCGAAAAUAUCGGCCGCACCCUCGAUCUCUCCGCUUUCGAUUCAUAUGAGGAGAUGUACAGGAGAUUGACAAACAUGUUUGGAAUCGAGAUUUCAGAGCUAACCAGCCGUAUUAUUUACAGAGAUACAGCCGGCGCAGUUAAACACCCAGAAGAUGAACCUUUUGCAAAAUUCAUGAAGGUUGCAAGGAGACUCACAAUAUCAAUGGAUGCGAGGUGCAACAACAUUGGCAAGUAAUAGGAGAAAUCUCUUGUUAGAAGGACAGCUGAAGAAGCAGUUUCUUCCAAGUUUGUAGUAAGUUAUCUUUAGUAGGAGAUACCAUAAAUCUGUUCUUUGGGCAUUGAUGUUAUUUUGAGCUUCUAAAGUUAGCUCAGUAUUUAGUUUCCAUUCCAUGCUUGUAAAUAGUUCUAAUCUUCUACUAUUCAUUUCCUCUCAGGAAUAUCUUUUUUAUAGCUCUUAAGGAUUUGUUUCCUUUUAAUGUUUCUUUUAACUUCAAAAAAAAGAAAAGAAAAAAAAAAGGAAGAUUAGUCUUCA